AGCAUAUGGUCCUGAAAUUUUAGUUUUACAGAGUUUAUCAACAGACAUCCGUCAUGUCUUGGCUUGCUGAUCUUGCUGGAAAGGCAGAGGAUCUACUCAACAGAGUUGAUCAAGGAGCUGCAUCAGCUCUGAGCAAAAAAGACACAGCAAGCAGAACAGUUUAUGAUAAUAAGAAUUUGGACUCUGCCAAUGAAUAUUCUGAAUUACGCCAGCAUACUGGAGAAUUGAAAUGUCAGACGUCAUCCAAAGCAGCCUACAUCUCCUCGGCAGCUGAUAAUAUUAAACAUCAAAAGGCCACAAUCCUAGCAGGAACAGCAAACGUUAAACCAGCACGUAGGACAUCUUUGGAGGUUGCUUCACCAGUAGAAAGUGUUUCCACACCCAGAGCUGCCUCACAUUUUGUGAGAAGAAAAAAGUCAGAACCUGAUGAUGAGUUGCUAUUUGAUUUUCUCAAUAGUUCGGAGAAAGAGCCUAACGGAAGGAUGGACUCUAAAAAAGAGAAGAGCAAGGCACCUGUUCUUCAAAAUCACUCUCGGACUUCAAGCAUUAGUUCUGUGUCUACCAGUACACAGAGUGCAAAAACUACUGAAGAUAAUUCCAUCAGGAGCCAAGGCAAUGAAACUCCAGACAGUUCAGAUUCUGGACUGGGAGCGCAAGGGGAUGGUGUGAAGGAUUCAUCACUAAGUGCAGUAACUAAUCCUAGCCUUUCAGCUAAUGAUGAUUUCAAAUCGCAUGAGCUAUCCAAUCUUCGCCUGGAGAAUCAGCUGCUGCGGAAUGAAGUUCAAUCUUUAAAUCAAGAAAUGGCUUCAUUAAUUCAGAGGUCCAAGGAAACACAAGAAGAAUUGAACAAAUCCCGGGAAAGGGUUGAGAAGUGGAAUUUUGACCAUUCAAAGAGUGACAGGAUGGUUAGAGAACUUCGGGCUCGAGUUGAUGAUCUGACAGAAGCUGUUGGUGCCAAGGAUUCACAGCUAGCUGUGCUGAAAGUACGGUUGCAAGAAGCUGAUCAGCUCUUAAGUGCUCGAACAGAAGCUUUGGAAGCAUUGCAGAGUGAAAAAUCACGGAUAAUACAAGACCACAGCGAAGGGAGCAGUUUGCAAAAUCAAGCCCUUCAAACUCUUCAAGAAAGGCUGCGUGAUGCAGACUCCGCACUCAAGCGAGAGCAAGAAAGUUACAAACAAAUGCAGAAUGAGUUUGCGGCUCGUCUAAGUAAAACGGAAGCAGAACGUCAGAACUUGGCAGAAGGGAUAACUGUAGCAGAAAGAAAGUAUUUAGAUGAAAAGAGGCGAGCUGAUGAGCUUCAGCAGCAAGUCAAAGUAAUUAAGAACCACCUAGAAUCUGCAAAACAGGAACUGACAGACUAUAAACAGAAAGCUACUCGUAUACUCCAAUCUAAAGAAAAGUUGAUAAACAGCUUAAAAGAAGGCUCUGGUAUUGAAGGCCUGGAUAGCAAUACUGCAAGCACAAUGGAACUAGAAGAACUGAGACAUGAGCGAGACACUCAGAGAGAAGAAAUACAAAAACUAAUGGGGCAAAUACAACAGAUGAGAACAGAGCUGCAGGAUAUGGAGACUCAGCAGGUAAGUGAAGCUGAGUCAGUGAGAGAGCAGCUUCAAGACCUACAAGAGCAAAUAGCAGCACAUAAAAUGGCCAAGCAAGAGGCAGAGGCUGAACUAGAACGGCAAAAACAGGAACUCCAUUAUACUGAAGAAGAAUUGUAUCGAACAAAGAAUACUUUGCAAAGCAGAAUAAAAGACAGAGAGGAAGAAAUUCAGAAGCUCAGAAAUCAG